AUGGGAUCCAGAUCUCUGACCAGUUCCUUCUUAGGCUCCGCCAAAAAGGAAAUCAGUGCCAGCUGGCACUGGCAAAUAAUGCAUUCAGAAAGAGGAGUGUGGGAAAAUAUAUGCGAAUCAGCUCAGAGGCACCUGGAGAUGCUUUACUGUGAUGUGCAUAGCUCAGAAAUCAAAGUGUUUGAAAGGUAAGGAAUUCAGAGCCUCAGACGGCUGUGUACAAUUGCUCAAGAUUGCUGUUAUAAGUGAAAUUAUCUAAGGUGGCUAGGAAUGAUAACAGUGCCCCAUCGGCUUCUGAGAAAUUCAUGAUUCAUGUUACCAAAAUGUACAAAGCUGCCCAAUUAUUAACAAAAGGCGGGACAACCUUUGGAACAUCUUCAGACAAGACAGAGAAGUUACAGUACAAAAAUACAAAUCAUAAAGAUCAGGUGCUACAAACAUCUGAGGUUCUGCUGCUGUAGAAAAGUAACUGUAUCCCAUCACUUCUGUCCUAAAAACACCAAUGUUACAUUGUUCUGUCACAACUCCUUUUCAUGGAAUGUACAAAAUUUAUUGGUGUAAGUAAAGUGUCUCUAUGUUCAGUCAACUUUCAACAUAAUCCAUUUGCUCUGGGGGAUAGCAGAAGAAGCAAGAAACUGAAAAUAUGAUGUUUUUCCUUCCAUAGGGAUGGAUCAAAAGGCAAAGUCAGAUUUCAGGAUGUGGCAAUGUAUCCAUUUGGUCCUUACUGCAAGAUAUGGCAUCUACCAAAUAGCCACAAUCCCCAGCAGAAUCCUCUUUACACAGUAUGGUGUGUGUUUUUUACUGUCAGGAUAAAACAGGAUAAAUGGAAGAAAUAGCCAGAGGUAAGAAGAUGACAACAAGGAAUGUAUUGAUGUUGCAACAAAAUGCAUUCCACACCUGGUGCUCGUGCUAUUGCUUUUUAGGCGGAUGUAGUGAAGACCUUUUUGUUCUCCAAAACCUCACAAUUUUAAUUAUAGUGGUAGAUCACUUUUAGUGUUUUUAGAACUUUGCACUAAGUUAUUCCCCUUCCUGGGUUUAUUUUGACUUUAAAUUGUUUUUAGCUGUUGUGCUUGCAUUGGUUUUAGCUGAUUUGAUUUAUUCAUAAUCUGUUUCAUUUGAUUUUAUCAUUUAAAUUCUGCAUUGUAUUUUGCAUUUUUAAUGGUCUGCAAACUUCCCAGAUAACUCAGUUAUAGGGAUGGUAUCUUACUGUAACAAAUAAAUAAAUCCUAAAUGGCUUCGGUCCUGUAUACCUGAAGGAGCAUCUCCAUCACCAGACACUGAGAUCCAGUGCCAAGGGCCUUUUGGUGGUUCCCUCAUUGCAAGGUUACAGGGAACCAGGCAGAGCGGCUUCUCAGUAGUGGUGCCCACCCUCCCAUCAGAUGUCAAGCAAAUAAACAACUAUGUUUAGAAGACAUCUGAAGGCAGCCCUGUCUAGAGAAGUUUUUAAUGUUUGAUGCUUUACUGUGCUUGAUGUUUUAAUUUAUUGGAAGCCGCCCAGAGUGGCUGGCACAACUCAGUCAGGUGGGCAGCUUAUAAAUAAUAUAUCAUUUCUGUUAUAUUACUGAGAAUCAUAGUUAAGAACAGUUGUGAAAUAGAACACAAUGUUCAAAAGAAAUUGAAUUUUAUUCUCUGAGCAUCUGGGAUGGUCUAGAUAAAGAGCCCUAGCAAGCAUGGUCAAUAGCCAGAAAUGAUGGGAGCUAUAGUUCAAGAACAUCUGGAGGGCCAAAGAUUCCCCACAUUUGGCCUAGAUCUAGAAAAUGUCUCAACUCUCACGCCUUUCUACAUAAUUCUAUAUAAUUCUUCAGAUUAUUUUCUUUUCCUUUCUCUCUCUCUCUCUCUCUGGUUAGACAGUCACCAGAGGAAUGCUCAUGA